GCCGCGGGGCCCUCUGGGAAGCGACGUUGGGCGUGACGGCCGCCAGCCGCGCCCCGCGGAGGAUUCUGGGAGUGGUAGUCCGGCCUCACGGUUGGCAGGCGCUAGGCGUCGCAGCCGGCGGUUAGAUGCCUUUGUAGUCGGGCUCGGCUUGCCAGUGUGGCUGGAGGUUGAACCCAGGGUGGAGGAGGGCUGAGCGCAUCCCUUUUCAGUCUGAGUGCCCGGGAGGAGGGUGGCGGGAGGACCCCCGGGUGGGGGCGCCGGGCCGCCAGCGCCUGCGUUCCGGGCCUUUUGGGGGACCCGAGCGGCGGACCCCCGGCCCCUUCCCUCGCGGCGGUUGCCUCCAGCGCGGGCUGGAGGAAGGAGUCUCCAUGGAACCUGGGGGCAGAGGAUCACUUUUUGAGGACUCAGACCUUCUCCAUGCUGGAAACCCAAAAGAAAAUGACGUGACUGCUGUGCUGCUGACCCCUGGGUCCCACGUAAUAUGCAUUUCUGUUGCCUGGAGGCAAAGAGUGAGUCUGUGGACUACAAAUUCACCAGAGAAUGAACUGAUGAUCAGGGAUAUGGCUGAGGCUCUCACCCAGUGGAGGCAGCUGAACUCUCCUCAGGGAGAUGUGCCUGAGAAGCCCAGGAAUCUGGUCUUGCUGGGGCUUCCAAUUUCCACACCUGAUGUAAUCUCUCAGUUGGAGCAUGAGGAGGAACUGAAGAGAGAAGUUUCAAAAGCAGCCGCUCCAGACUGGGAAACAAUACCAGAAAGCAAGGAGCUCACUCCAGAGAAGGGUAUUUCUGAAGAAGAAUCGGCCCCUGGGGUGUUAAUUGUAAGAUUUUCAAAGGAAGGUUCUAGUGAACGUGAGGAUUCUUUAGAGAGUCAGCAGGAAAACCAUGAGAAACAUUUAAUCCAAGAGGCCGUCACUCAGAAAUCUUCUAGGGAGAGAAGUUACCAAUUUGAUGAAUUUAGAAGAAGUUGCACUCGGAGGUCCUUACUCGUUCAGCAGCAGGGAGAGAGACUACAUCAUUGUGAGUCAUUUAAAAAUAACUUAAAACAAAAUUCAGAAAUAAUUCGGCACGAGAGAAUUUGUGCAGGAAAGAAACCUUGGAAAUGCAGUGAGUGUGAGAAAGCCUUCAGUUACUACUCAGCUUUUGUCUUACAUCAGAGAAUUCACACCGGAGAAAAACCCUAUGAAUGUAAGGAGUGUGGGAAAGCCUUUAGCCAGAGCAUACACCUUACUCUGCACCAGAGAAUUCAUACUGGAGAGAAGCCCUACGAAUGCCAUGAGUGUGGGAAAGCCUUCAGUCACCGCUCAGCCCUUAUUCGGCAUCACAUCAUUCAUACUGGAGAAAAACCCUAUGAAUGCAAUGAAUGCGGGAAGGCCUUUAACCAGAGUUCAUACCUCACUCAACAUCAGCGAAUUCAUACUGGAGAGAAACCUUAUGAGUGUAACGAAUGUGGGAAGGCCUUCAGCCAAAGCACAUUCCUUACCCAGCAUCAGGUCAUUCACACUGGAGAGAAACCCUAUAAGUGUAACGAAUGUGGCAAAGCCUUUAGUGAUCGGUCAGGUCUUAUUCAGCACCAGAGGACUCAUACUGGGGAGCGGCCUUACGAGUGUAACGAAUGUGGGAAAGCCUUUGGCUACUGCUCAGCCCUGACUCAGCACCAGAGAACUCACACUGGGGAGAAACCCUAUAAAUGCAAUGAUUGUGCCAAAGCCUUCAGUGACCGCUCAGCCCUUAUUCGUCAUCAGAGAACACACACUGGAGAGAAACCUUACAAAUGUAAAGAUUGUGGAAAAGCAUUCAGCCAGAGCUCGUCUCUUACAAAGCAUCAGAAAACUCACACUGGAGAAAAGCCGUACAAGUGUAAGGAAUGUGGAAAAGCCUUCAGCCAGAGCUCAUCCCUCUCUCAACAUCAGAAAACUCAUGCUGGAGUGAAAACCAAGAAAUAUGUCCAAGCUUUUAGUGAGCACUUAACCUUUGGCCAACACAAGAGAAUUCAUACUGGAUAAAGACCAUGUACAUGUGGUACAUUCAGAGCAUACUUACUGAGCAUUUACCGUGCUUGCCAUGGGGGUCUACAAAGAGAUUUAAGAUGGUGUUGCAAAAAAGUUAUUGAGAAGUCACUGCUGAUAUGGGUUGUAGCAUGAUUAGACUGUGAAAGUAUAGUUUUACAUUUUUAAAAGUGUUCUGGCAGAGGACGCUGAAUUUCCGUCAGGAAAGAGGGAAAUUAUUUGUAACACCCUAACGUGUAUGUAAAUUACCAUAUCCUUGGGAGAGAAAUGGGGUAUGCUGUGGUGGAAAGGGGACAUCUUGACUGUGCUAGAUAUUUUCAUAAUACUAAGAAUAUAAGUUUUAAAGGAGAUAAGUUAUACUUUUAGGGAAGUUGCGUGGGUAGAAAUAAGAGAUUGAGAAUUCACAAUGAGUUUGUCCAGAGUCAGGAGUGGUGGUGGAAGGGAAGUUGUCCUGCAUUCUUAAGUUUAAAGAGCCAAAGGAAGUAGAGGGAAAGGAUAGAAAAAAAGAGCUCGGGGAAUGAACCCAAAAAAUAUUGAUUAUGUUAACUACUCAACUGAAUAUUCACAACCGUGAAAAAUAUUAGACUUAAUAGUUGUCCAGUUGAAAAGUUUCUGUGAGGGUAGCUUUACCAUGCAGCUAAGGACUGUUGGCUGACUGUUUCUGUGAGGGUAGCUUUAGGCUGCAGCUAAGGACUGUUGGCUGACUGUUUCUGUGAGGGUAGCUUUACCGUGCAGCUAAGGACUGUUGGCUGCAGGGUAAUGCAGGGUGUUUGCUUCUGCACUUUUUGUCUUUUAGACCUUGCUUACUGAGACAUCGCCUACUAAAUCAUGUUAAUUUCCAAGGGUCAGGAGCCACAGCUUAGAAAAUUGAGUACAGAAGAGACUUUUGAUGUAUUCAAACUGUUUUAAGGUAUCUGAGUUACCUGAGAAUGUGCUUAUUUAUAAAGAUUUACCUCAGUUGUAUCUAGUUUGUCCCUUAGAUUUUUUAUAGCUUAUAGUAAAGUUUAGUUGUAGAUUUGCACUGACACUGCAUAUUAGAUUAUGAAAAGCUUGAAAAGACUUUGAAAUACCGUUUACCAUUUUACUCUUGGGUAGAGGCAGGUGGCGUCUUUUUAUAUAUUUUUUUUUCAUUGAAACUUUGAAGAUUAUUGGACACAUUAUUUUGAGUGCAGAGUUUUUAAUUUUAGGAAGCUGUACUAUGAUGUAUCUUGGUGUGAAUUUCUUUUAGUUUACCCUAUUGGGUUUGCUUAGCUUCUUCAAUGUGUAGGUUUAUGUCUUUUGCCAAAUUUGGUAGAUUUUCAGCCCUCAUCUCUUUAAAUACAUUUCAGCCCCCACCUUCUACUCCUUUUCUCCUGGGACUCUAAUGAAAGAAAUAGGAGCUCUUUGGUUGUCGUCUCACAAGUUCCUGAGGCUCUGUUCAUUUUUUCUUGACGAUUUUUGUCUGAAUCUGCUCAAUCUGCCAUAACAAGACAGCAUAGACUGACCGGGUGACUCAAAAAAAUAUGUAAUUCUAACAGUUCUGAAGGCUGGGAAGUCCAAGAUCAAGGUGCCUGCUGACUCUGCCUCUAAUGAGGGCUUUCUUCCUGGCUUACAGAUGGCUGCCUUCUCACUGUGUCUUCUCAUGUCCGUAGUGCAUGCAGGUGGGCCAGCUGGGAGAGGGAGAGAGAAAUAGCUCCCUUUUCUUAUCAGUCCACCAGUUCUAGCAGAUUAGGACUCUGCCCUUCUUACCUCAUUUAACCCUAAUUACCCCCCUGAAAACGCUGUCUCCAAAUAAAUUCACAUUGGGGAUUAGGACUUCAACAUAAUUUUGGGGAAGAGGGGAUACAUUUAGUCCAUAACGUUCCACCCCAGCCCCUCACCGAAUUUAUGUCCUUGCAUGCAGAAUACAUUUAUUCCACUCCAACAGCCCCAAAAGCCCUAACUCAUUCUAGCAUUAGCUCUAAAGUCCAGACCUUCAAGUAAAUAUCACCUAAAUCAGAUACGGGUAAGACUCAAGGUGCAAUUCAUCCUGAGGCACAAUGACUUUCCAGCUGUGAACCUGUGAAACCAAACAAGUUAUGUGCUUGCAAAAUACAUUUGUGGUCUGGACAUAAUGUAGGCAUUCCCAUUCCACAGAGGGAGAAAUAGGAAAGUAGGAGGAGGGAUGUGUCCUGAGCAAGUCCAAAACUUAGCAAGGCAAAUUCCGUUAGGUCUUGUGUUUCGUCAGAUCUUGUGAGAGUAAUCCUCUUUUGUGCCUCCCGGACCCACUGGGGUAGAGGUCCUGUCUCUGGUACUGCCAGGUAGCCCCUUGCCUAAGCCUCUAGGGUAAUUCUGCCCCUAAGGCUUCAGUUGGAGGCUUUCUGUUCUGUUGAAACCAGGGUGAUGGUUCCACCCUUUGAAACAGGAGGCAUCCCCAGUGGUCUCUGAAUUGUUUUCAGGGUCAUUCUCUUUUCUUGAAGGAUAACACAUACUCAUAGACAAAUGGCUCUCUGGUUCUGUAGGAUCUAAGAAGUCCUAAAGCCUGCCUUCAUUUUAUUUUGUUGUUUUUCUGUCCCCUUUAGUGCCAGGUGGCUGUGUUUCUGCUGUUAUAAUCCCAUUAUAUUCCUGGCUUCUCCUGGGGCUGCUAAACCCAUUUGAUCUAUUUAUCAAAUGGUUGAAAUAGUUUUUAAGCCACACGCUUAGUGUUUUCUUCAUAGCACAUUUUCUCAUAUUUUUGUGAUACGAAUGGAAUGUUCACGUUUCUUUAAUUGUGUUUCCUUGUUUCUUAACAGUUCCUUCUUCACUUCAUCUCUCUCCUCCCACAUUUUACUACAAGCACUAAGGGGACCCAAGCCGCACCUUCAGUACUUUGCUUAGAAAUCUGCUAAAUAAACAGUUUCAUCACUCUCAAGUUCUGCCUUUCAGAAAACACUAGAACAGUUCAGAGAAGUUCUUUGCCACUUUAUAACAAGAGCCACCUUUUUUUUUUUUUUUUUCCAGUUCUAAUAAUAUGUACCUCAUUGCCAUCUGAGGCCUUGCCAGAGUGGCCUUUAAUAUCCGCAUCUCUAGCAUGUACCUCAGAACUCUUGGUCUCUACCCAUCACCCUGUCCAAAGCUGCCUCCACAUUUUGAGGCGUCUGUUACAGCAGCAUCCGCCUCUGGGUACCGGAAUCUCAAUCUGCUUGGUCGGCCAUAACAAACAUCCAUAGACUGGGUGGCUCAAAGCACAGAAAUUUAUUUCUCAAAGUUCUGGAGGCUGUAAGUCUAAAAUCAGGGUCCAACUGCGUUCAGUUCCUGGCUUGUAGAUGGUUGCACUCUCACUGUGUUCUCACAUGACCUGUUCUCAGUGCAUAGGUGUGGAGAGAAGUUGGAUUGGGACCCCACCUUUAAGGUCUCUUUUAACCUUAAUGACUUCCUCAGAACCUAUCUCCAAAUAUAGUCACAUUGAGGGUUAGGGUGUCCACAUAAUGAAUUGGGGUGGGGGGACAUAGUUCAUCACAGUUUUCUCUCUUCAUAUUGAGUAUUUUCUGUUGUUCUGUCUUCCAGUUCACUAGAUCUUCCCUCUGUCCUUUUGAUUCUGCUGUUGAGACCAUCCUUGAAUUUUAUUUCAGUUAUUGUAUUUUUUAGUUGCACAUGAUUCUUUGUUUCCUUGCUGAGAGCCUUUCUUUGCUUAUUUUGUUUGCAUUAAGCAUGUUUGUAAUUACUCUUUGAGGCAUUUUUGUGAUGGCUGCUCUCAAAUCCUUGCAGGUUAUCCUAACAUCUGUGUCAUCUCAGUAUUGACAUCUUUGGGUUAUCUUCUCAUUUAAGUUGAGAUUUUCUUGGUUCUUGGUGUGAGGAGUGAUUUUCAGUUGAAGUCUGGACAUUUGGAGUAUUUUGGUGUGAGACUCGGUAUCCUGUUGAAGUCUUCUGCAUUGACAGGCCUCCUCGGAUACCGCUGUGGUGGAGAACGUGUUGCGGGGGUGCUGCCUCCUUACUUUAAGUUGGUGUUGGAAGUCCAGGUUCACCAUUGGCCUCUAAUGACUCCUGGGCAGGGGUCCUCACUACUGCUGGGCAAGGGUGGGAUUUACAGCUCCCCACUAGGCCUCCGCUGACACCACACUGGCCAGGGAAGAUCAGGAACGCCUUGUUACUGCUAUUUACGUGGCCUCGAUUGACAGCAUGGUGUGGGGUUGAGGGUGACAUCAUUACUGUUGGGAAUUGGUGUAAGUCUUGACCCCCCACUUGGCUUCCACUGAGACCACACCAGUAAGAAAGAAGAGAGAUGGCUCUGAGUAGGGGGGACACUGCCAGGGUGAUGUGUGGGGAGGUGUGGGUUUUAGAAAUCUAUCUGCCCACUUGGUCUUCUCUGAUACCACCCCAGGCUAAAGGUGGAGGACUGAGAGCCUUGUUACAGCCUGGUGAGGGUGGAAGUAUAGGCCUUUGUUGGUGGGGAUAGGACCAUAGCUUACUUCUGUGGUCUUUUAAGUAGGAUUGUGGUUUCCUAAACAUUUUCUGUCUUGCUAGGCUACUCCCUUUCCAGUCCUUUGGCUAGAAAAAGCAGAUUUUUCUUGGGGCUUUUUUUUUUGGGGGGGGGGGUCUGUGCCUGUGCCUGUUGGCAUUUCUGGGUUGUCAGCUUCUCUAGAACCCAAUCUGGGAUAGAUGAGGCAAUAAGAAAACCCAAGAAUGUCACUGCUGUGUUCUUCCUCAGGUUCUGAGGUCCCUAGCCAGUCCAUUCUCUCUCCACCUUCUAGAACUUUCUUAUGUUUGCUUUGUAUAUAAUAUCCCAGAUUUUUAGUCGUACUUAGUGAGAGCAGUAGGAGAAAGUAGUGCUCCACCUUUCCCGUGACAUCCUUGUGCUUGACACUGAAAUCACACAUCAAGUUGUGGUAUAUAUAGGGUUUGUGGUGUAUACAGGUCAUUUGUAACCAGUUAGGAAUAGGUACUAAAAGAAAUGCUCGCUGGAUUCCUGAAGAUAAGCUGCCAAUUUGGUAGAUAGAAACUAUCAGCCUGCUUCAUCUAGCUUUGAAGAAACAAUAGUUUAUAAAUUGAGGAAACACCAGUAUUUAAUUGUAGGUUAUAAACUUGAGAAGGAUAGAUAUGACUAAGAAUAUAAACUAUAGGGUUAAAUUUUUUGUAUUUGUAUUUUUGUUUGAAAAGCAUAUAAGAAGCACUGGAGAACUGGACUCAGAAUUUCAGAUUUUUUUCCAGUUGUAUGUUAUCUACAUGUGGCUAUCUGUUCACUUUAAUUUGCCAUAUGACAUAUGAGAUCAUAGAGAAUCAACAGAAUAAAGAAUGAAAAUAACUGAGAUUUGGGACAAGUCACCUUCAUCCUUUGAUAUCUAUCUCCUCAUAGAUAAAUGUUUUAAAAUUUAAUGUCUACUUGAGAAUGAUUAGAGUUAGGUAGAAAAGGGAUGCAAAUGUGGUUUGUAAGCUAUCAGGUGCUACAUAACUAUUAGGUAUUAAUGAUACAGUCAUUUAGAAGACAUAUCCAUCAUGUAUGCUUCACAGUGGUGACCCAAUAAAAACAACUGUGAAUAUAAUGGAAUGAGACUUUUUAUCUUUUUAAAUAAGUUUUCUGGGAUCCUGUUAAAAUAUGCAUCUUUUGAGAUAACCAUGUGGUUCCUUUUCAUCUAUUAAUGUGGUAAAGUACAUUGAUUUUCUGAUGUUAAAGAAUCCUUGCAUUCCUGGGAUGCAAUUUCAUGAUUUUUUUUCUCUCUCUCUGGGGGAGUUUGUGUCCCUUGAAUUUUAGUUGCAUUCAUCUGUUAAACUGGGGUUAUUGUGUUUGUAGUGUAUGGUUUGGUUGGUUUUAGGGGCUAUUUAGAUUUACUAUUUCUUCUAGAAAGUUGUAGGUUUUUCUAAAAAUGUAUCCUGUUUGGUCUUCGAGUUGUUUAAAAUGGUUUUAUUUUCAAGUACUUGUUCUAUCUGAACUUAUGUCCCUUUUUUCUUUCCUGAUGUUGCUUAUUUGUAUCCUCUAUUGGUAAUGUUUCUAGAGAUGUGUCAAUUUUACUAGUCUUUUAAAAUAACUGACUUUUUGAACUUUUGCAAAAAUCAACUUUUAUCAAAGUGCACAAUAAAAUUCACUCACUUAAAGGUGUUUGCUAUGUUUGACGAAGAUAUUACCCUUGUAACUACCACCAUAAUUGUGUGUGUGGUUAUAAUAGUUCCUCCUUCUCCUUCUCCCUCUCUCUCUCCUCCUUCCCAUCUUCCUCCUUCUCCUUUCACCCCUUUCUCUUUCUUUCUCCCUUCUUCCUUUCUUCCUUCCACAGUUCUGUCUUAAAACGACCUGUGUAGACUUGUGUAACCAUCACCAUAAAGGGUACAGAACAAUUCCACUGCACCAACAAAUUCCCGUUGUGCUGCUUUUUUUUAAGAGUGGCUCCCCACCCUGCAUUGAGUAUAAAGGCUUUGAUU